AUGGCAGCCGCGAACAAAGGAACGACAGGUGCACGACAAACACUGGUGAACGCUGAAGACCAAUAUAAUAAACGCAUUGACGACGAUAUAGCCAAAUUAGUGGAUUGCUUUACCGACAUUGUUCGAGUUGGCGAAAACAAAGAUAAGGACAAGUUUCGCGUAGCUGAGGAAGGAUAUCAAAUAGAAAGUCAAAGUGCCCAAAUAGUACGCUCGGCUGAAUCAUUAUUGGGCCUGAUCACGGAACUGAAACAACACUUGCUACUAAACGACACUGCAUUAUUAUCACAACUUACAAAGCAACGAACAGAGGCACUGGAAACGCAAAGAUAUGAGAUUAAAGAUACAGUCUUUAAAAUGCGUGCAGAGUUACAAACAACCAUUUAUGAUCUGGAAUCCGUUUAUUUCAGAUCUUUAAAAGGCGCAUAA